CAUGCUAGGGGCGUGGCCUAGCGGACCGUGGCAGGAAAACUGGCAAAGAUGGAGCUGGAUUACGAACGGGAGUAGCCUCCCGGACACCGCUCCUGGACCAUCCCACACCCCGCGAGGCGGGGGAGACCGGGGGACGAACCGAGGAAGCGAGGUGAGAACCGGGCCUCGCCCCAGCCAGGCCAGAGGACGCGGGGAAGGUGGGGGGAGUCCUCCGAAGCCAGCCAUUGCUCCCCCCCAUUCCCUCCUUGUCCCGAGGCGGAGGCACGAACUGAGUGUAAACCGAGGGAAAGGAAGAGGAGUCAGCGCCCGGUCUGGGAGGGACCCGCGUUCCUGAGACAGGUCUACUGCCUGCCUCCCCGGGGACCAGGCUCCGCAAGAGCCUGAGGCCUCUCUCUGAUUGCUGCUGCACCGUUGGGGUUGGAGUUAGCGGUCUACAUCCUCACUUGUGCGAGGCAUAUGUGCGGAGAGCUUUGGAAGCCUGAUCUUGUCGGGAUCCCCAAAGGCCCAGUGUUCAGCCUGAGGAGGACUGGUACUGGAGACAACACUUCUUCCACUGGGCAUCUUCUCUGACCAAGCUAUGGUGAAAGAUGUUUCGCAAAGGCAAGAAGAGACACAGCAGCAGCAGUUCCCAGAGCAGUGAAAUCAGUACAAAGAGCAAGUCUGUGGAUUCCAGCCUUGGAGGGCUUUCAAGAUCCAGCACCGUCGCCAGCCUCGAUACAGACUCCACUAAAAGCUCAGGACAAAGUAACAGCAAUUUAGACACGUGUGCUGAGUUCCGAAUAAAGUACGUUGGUGCCAUCGAGAAACUGGCUGUGUCUGAGGGGAAGAGCCUCGAAGGACCACUAGACCUGAUAAAUUACAUAGAUGUCGCCCAGCAAGAUGGAAAGUUGCCUUUUGUUCCCAUGGAAGAGGAGUUUAUUCUGGGCGUUUCUAAGUACGGCAUAAAAGUCUCGACCACGGAUCAGCAUGGUGUUCUGCAUAGGCAUGCCCUGUAUUUAAUCAUCCGGAUGGUGUGUUACGAUGAUGGCCUGGGAGCUGGGAAGAGCUUGCUGGCACUCAAGACCACCGAUGCAAGCAAUGAAGAAUACAGCCUGUGGGUUUACCAGUGUAACAGCCUGGAACAAGCCCAAGCAAUCUGCAAGGUCUUAUCCACAGCGUUUGACUCCGUGUUGACCUCUGACAAGUCCUAAACUCUGCAGGCAAGUGGAAACUGACCCAUUGAGAGCUCACCUUUCCUGCAUCUGUCUGCAGCCAUAGACUGUUAGAGGGUGUAAAACUUGACCCAGUUUUCUAAAGUGUAAUUUAUAAAAUAUUGGUCUUGUACUAAAAGGUGUCGUUAACAGUAGGUCAACGUCCAAUAAAUUACCUGCUUUCUGGACUAAAGAGAAACCUUGGGGUCGGGACAAACGGCCUGGUACUUAAGAGCAUUUGCAGAGGGUUCAGUUCUCAGCACCAAUAUGGUGGCUCAAAACUGCCCGUAACUCCAGUUCCAGGAGAUCUGACCUCCUCUUCUGGCUUCCUUAGGUACCAGGCAUACAUGUGGUGUACAUACAUACAUACAUACAUACAUACAUACAUACAUACAUGCAGCCACUCACCUGUACACAUAAAAAUAAAAUCUAAGAAAGAUAAAGC